AAAUAGAAAGAGACUACUAAGAACUUUACAUCUGAAGUAUGGAAUUAAUUUAGCAACUAAAAAAAUUCAAGAGAGCAAAAAGAACUAUAUAUACCCCCUCCUACCUCAUGAAGUAUCAUCGCUCUCAUUCUCUCAAGCAUCAUCACAUAUACAGCUUGAAUUAGAGCUAAGAAACUGAAAGGAAAUAAUGGCAUUUCGUAUGAGCCGAGAUCAUGCGGACUUUGUUGCUCAUGGUGGAACCGAGUGGGAUGAUGGGGCCUUCGUGAACGUUAAGAAGAUAAAAAUAUUUCACGAUUGGGCUGGUAUCACCUUGGUUCAGUUUGACUAUAUCGACGGCACGGGGGCUAUUGUAAGCGGUCUCGAUCACGGGACAGAACCUUUUCAAUUUGAUAGAGAACACGGGAGGGUUCCAGUCGAGGGUGCUCGAGCAGAGUUUUGGCUGAGAGACGAUGAAUACAUCACAAUCGUCACAGCAUUCGGCGGAUAUUGUGUGAGGAAGAUUGAGUUCAUCACAAACAAGCGAACCUUUGACUUCGGUGGUUUUAAUUGACCACCUUAAAUGUUUUCUUUAAAGAUAUCUUCCAUAGGAUUAUAAUUAGUUCUUACAAAGUUAAGGUCAGAUUAUAAUUUGCAUCUCAAUUAAUAUUUAAUACAUAUGCAGUAAUUUUUUUGACUAAUGUUAAAAUGACAUUUAUAAUUAUUUUUAUCUCAUGAAAGAAAGAUAAAGAUAAUAAAAUAUCUAAUACCUAAUUUU